UUUCCUUGGCUGUCGUCGUCGUCCACGUCGUCGUCCUCAACGUCGUCCACGAUGUCCGCACCAGCACCAACGUCUGAUGGGAUUGGCAUAGCCAACUUGCCGAACCAGCGGCACAAAAUCGUCGCCAAGCGCGGCGCCCACUUCACCAUCAUGGUGGUCGGCGAGUCCGGGUUGGGUAAGACGACACUCAUCAACACGCUCUUUUCGACCGAGCUCUCCGCGCCCAAGAACUACAACAGUCGUCACCACAAACAGCUCGACAAGCUCACCGAAGUUGACAUCAUCAAGGCCGAGCUCGAGGAAAAGCAAUUCAAAGUCAAGCUUACCGUUAUCGAUACGCCGGGUUUUGGCGACUACGUCAACAACCGCGACUCGUGGGCGCCCAUCGUCGACUUCAUUGACGACCAGCACGAGGCCUACAUGCGCCAGGAGCAACAGCCUCAGCGUCACGAGAAAACGGAUUUGCGCGUGCAUGCGUGCCUGUAUUUCAUUCGUCCUACCGGACACACUCUCAAGCCGUUGGACAUCGAGAUUAUGAAGCGCCUCGGCACGCGCGUCAAUCUCAUCCCGGUGAUUGCGAAGGCGGACACGCUCACUCAGAACGACCUCUUCACCUUCAAGUCGCGCGUUCGCGAGGUCAUUGCCGCACAGGGUAUCCGGAUCUACCAGCCCCCCAUCGACCCCGAGGAUGAAGCUCAGGCUGAAUACGGGCGCAUUCUCCUCGAGUCGAUGCCCUUCUCCAUCAUUGGCUCCACUGAGGAUGUUCGCACCGCCGACGGUCGCACUGUCAAGGGUCGUGAAUACCUCUGGGGUGUUGCCGAAGUCGAGAACGAAAACCACUGCGAUUUCCGCAAGCUUCGCUCGCUCCUGAUCCGCACGAACAUGCUCGACCUGAUCUCGUCGACGGAGGAGCACCACUACGAGAACUACCGCCAGCAACAGAUGGAAACCCGCAAGUUCGGCGAGCCCAAGGUGAAGAAGCUCGACAACCCCAAGUUCAAGGAGGAGGAAGAGGCGCUUCGCAAGCGUUUCACCGAGCAAGUCAAGGCGGAGGAGGCUCGCUUCAGGCAGUGGGAGCAACAUCUUAUCGCCGAGCGCGACCGCCUCAACAAGGAUCUCGAGAUGGCGCACAGCGCGAUCAAGGGGCUCGAAGCGGAGCUGGACACUCUCCAAGUCGGCUACAGGGGUUCAGGCAGGAGGUAGAUGCGUACGUUUCACUACUAGGACACCACCGCCUACGGACUCGGUGGUUUCGCGUGGUAUAUACCCUCUCUCUUGGAACUCCGGUUUCCCGGCUUGCACCAGUACUCUUCGAACCUUAUUUAGUGGAUUGUAAUCGUCCUCGACAGACAUGCCGUUCCUUACGACUAUUUCUCGUUUGUUCCAAUCAUUGCGGAAUUGCAUUGGUAUACGUACGUGAGAAAUGCUCGCAGAUGGGAGAUAAAAUCGAGCAUCGAUAAUCCGGGUGCAUGUAUGUACGACCUUGCUCCGCAGAGGCGGAGGUCGUUACAGUACAGUACGGUAUCGUCGGAGCAGGAGCAACGUGUCGCCUCGUGCAAGACCAGGUGUCAGUGCGUAAAAUCGGGUUUUGGGCUGCCUGCCGAUGCUGGCGGAGGGGUCGGUGGAGUCUUGCCCGCGGGCUUGACCUCGUCGCUCUCGAUCGUCUGCGUCAUGCCUUCGUCGCCAGUCGACUGGUCAGACGUCGGUGCAGAUUUCAGCAGCUCGUCCGCCUCGAGGGCUGCAGCGCUGAGCCCAUCCGUUACUACGCCGGCUUCCUCGUGGAAAGCGGCGGGCGUCGGCGGGACGAAGCCGCUGGCGUGCAGAUGGACGCCGCCCUCAAUCGUCUCAACAUAGACCUCCUUCGGGACCUUCUCCUCUCUGGGGGCGACGGUCGCAGGGAAGUCGCCCGUGACGAUCGUCGCGGAGAGCUCGGGCAUCAGUUCCCCCUCCGUCGCUUUGCGCUCUGCUACGGAUUCUUUGGCGACCUUGCGCUCGAUGUAGUACCGCAGUUCGGCAUCUUCGGGUGUACGAGGAGGCUUCGCACUGGGGGCCCUGCGAGUGGCCGUAGAGUGAACACCACGGACGUUGGACCGGCUGGUAGAUGGAGUAGGCGCCGAUGCGGACGAUGACGUCGCCCGAAGCGACGAAGCCGAUGUAUGCAGAGCGCGUUUAAACGACGGUCCAGGGUCGGCUGCGGCUGGGGAUGGUGUAGGUGGCGUCUUGCCGGCAGGCUUCACCUCGUCGUUCGCCUCCGUCGUCAAUAGGCCCUCGUCACCGGGCGACGCGCUUGGAGAACGAUCGACGUUGAGCGUGACUUCGGCCUCCAGGGUCGCUGCGCUCAGGCCGUCGACGACGACACCAUUUUCCUCGUGCACGACCGCCGGGGUCGGGGGAACGAACCCGCUAGCGUGCAAAUGCACGCCGUGCUCGUCGACGUAUAUCUCGACGGGGACCUUCCCUUCACGAGGGGCCACGCUGGACGUGAAAUCGCCUGUAACGAUGGUCGCUGACAGCUCGGGCAUGAGCUCCCCGUCGAUCGCCUUGCGCUCCGAGACCUCGUCCAUCUGGGCUUUGCGCUCGACAUAGUAUCGGAGCGUGACCUCUUCUGGGUUGCGCGGCGGCGGCGGCCGGCUGCGGUAUGGCGAGGAAGCGCGACGUGAUGUUGAAGUGUGGAAUGCACGGGCUUCGGACAUGCGGGAUACGGGCGCAAAGGAGUGCGGGAGAUCAAAGAUUGACUUCUCGCGGAAAAGAGCCAGGGCUUGCAGAGAGGGCUGCCAUCCACGAGAGACCUUGGGGGCCCGUUUCACGGAGUGGCUCGCAGCCGCGUUGGUCGUGGGUUGACGCGUCCGCGUCGGCAGCACGGAGCCACGCCACGCAUGUUCAUUACGUUUCUCCCUCGCAACACGACCACUGGGGCCCGCACGAGCGUCGAAAGACGUAUGGAGCGACCUCUUCCCCAAAUCCUGCCUCGACUCUGUAGGUCGUGCAGACGCAUUUGACCUCGCUGGGGCGCAAGUAUGCGAAGACCGUUGAAGGGCCGUCGGCCAGCGAUUGAUCAUUGACCUCUUCAUGCCUGAAAAUGUGAGGAAUAAAC